UGUUUUAUGUUGUUUGAGCAUGGCUACUUUUAGUGAUUGAACCAGUGACUAUAUCAGGAGUUCGGCUUGGAAAUUAAUUGGUUCCGCUUAUCCAGUUCUAGAGAAACUUUGAUAUUUGUCAGCUUAUACAAGGCGUCCAGAUUUCAAAAGCAGGGAUUUCAGAGAUCAUGUAUCAGAGAUAACUGCUGUUGGAAUACCAAUAUAUGCAUAUGUACAGUCAGUAAGACCCGCAAAUAUCCAGAUUAAACGUUUUUGGUUGUAAGAUACUAGACAAAUGUUGAUUAUGUUCUGUUGCUUUGAUAGCAUGUCAAUGAAUGAUAAGUGAUUAAAAUAGGAUAAAGAAGAGUGAAGAACUAGGAAUGGCAUACUGGCCCACACCAAGCCUAGUAUUCUUGUGUGAUCAGUGUCUGUGGAAGAACAUCAGUUAAAAUGCAAGCUGUGGGGAGGGGGAUAGCAGUGAAAGAGCUAACAUCACUCUUUGUGGGCUGGGCUGCAGUGUCUUCUGGGUCAUGUCCCCCACCUGCUCUGCAAGAGCAAGCUCCCUAAGCGAGUGGGGCUGGUGUCUCCAGUAAGCGACUGCUGGAGUUUUUGAUGGCAGGCCUUCUCCAUCUGGCUGGGAAAGCGGCUUAGGACAACAAAAAGACCGGACCACCCUACCACUGUCAACUUGCCAUCUGCAGUGAUGAGGACCUAGACAGGCUGCUGGAGAAAGUCACUGUUGUUUGAGAGGGGUUUCUGCCGAAUAUCCAGCUCUACUCCUGUCCGAGAAGACUGAGAGCCAUAAAGCAAAGAACAAGUAAAACUGACCGUGAAAAGAGAGGAACAGUCUGACUUCAGAAGUUGCUACCUAGGCAAGAUCCAGUCAAGAGUCUUUCAGGAUAGAGUAUGACACCUUCGGUGAACUGAAGGUCCCAAGUGACAAAUAUUACGGUGCCCAGACUGUGAGAUCGACAAUGAACUUCAAGAUAGGAGGUGUUUCAGAAAGGAUGCCAAUUCAAGUUAUAAGGGCUUUUGGCAUCUUGAAGAGAGCAGCUGCUGAAGUAAAUCAGGAUUAUGGUCUUGAACCAAAGAUUGCAAAUGCUAUCAUAAAGGCAGCAGAUGAGGUAUCUGCAGGAAAAUUAAAUGAUCACUUUCCAUUGGUGGUGUGGCAGACUGGGUCUGGAACUCAAACCAAUAUGAAUGUCAAUGAAGUCAUCAGCAACAGAGCCAUUGAGAUAAUGGGAGGCCAACUGGGGAGCAAAAACCCAGUACAUCCGAAUGAUCAUGUUAACAAAAGUCAGAGCUCGAAUGACACAUUCCCAACAGCAAUGCAUAUUGCUGCUGCCCAGGAGGUUAAUGAGGUGUUGUUACCUGGACUAAAGAAGCUACAGAAUGCACUUGAAGCGAAAUCCAAAGAGUUUUCCCAAAUCAUAAAAAUAGGACGCACUCAUACACAGGAUGCUGUUCCACUUACGCUUGGACAAGAAUUUAGUGGUUAUGUGCAACAAAUUAAAUACGGUGUGGCUAGGAUUGAGUCAACCAUGCCAAGAGUCUAUCAACUGGCAGCAGGUGGGACUGCAGUUGGUACAGGAUUAAAUACAAGAAUUGGCUUUGCUGAGAAGGUUGCUGCUAAAGUGGCUGAACUGACAGGUUUGCCUUUUGUCACUGCCCCAAAUAAGUUUGAAGCCCUUGCAGCUCAUGAUGCUCUCGUUGAACUCAGCGGCGCUAUGAACACAGUGGCAUGUAGUCUGAUGAAAAUAGCUAAUGAUAUUCGUUUCCUGGGUUCUGGACCGCGCUCUGGACUAGGGGAACUCAUCCUACCUGAAAAUGAACCAGGAAGCAGUAUCAUGCCAGGAAAAGUGAACCCUACACAGUGUGAAGCUGUAACCAUGGUGGCAGCCCAAGUUAUGGGAAACCAUGUAGCUGUUACUGUAGGAGGUAGCAAUGGACACUUUGAACUAAACGUUUUUAAGCCCAUGAUGAUUAAAAAUGUGUUAAACUCUGCAAGACUUCUUGGAGACGUUUGUGUUUCUUUCACUGACAACUGUGUAGUUGGAAUCCAAGCCAAUACAGACAGGAUCAGCAAAUUAAUGAGUGAAUCACUGAUGUUGGUGACAGCACUUAAUCCUCAUAUAGGAUAUGAUAAAGCAGCCAAAAUUGCCAAAACUGCACACAAAGAAGGGACAACAUUAAAAGAAGCUGCUAUAAAGCUGGGAUUCCUUACAUCAGACCAGUUUGAUCAGUGGGUGAAGCCUAAAGAUAUGUUAGGUCCCCAGUAAUUUCUUUAAAAACACAUUAUUAACGUAAUAAAUAAAUAAAACAAAUAUG